AGAUUUACUAUGCAUAUUAUAAAUACUAAUAAUUUGGUUUUUUUAUAGAGGCAUUAUGUACUAGAUCCUAACAUUGGAGCAGAGUGAGGAAAGCCGGUGAAAUCAACUUACAUUUUCGAUAACCGGUGGAGGAGUUUCAUAGCUUACUUAGAUCAGGGGUGGACGUAGGAAUACAUACUAGAGAGGUUAAGCAGUAGGUGAAGCGUCAUCACAACAUAACUCAUAAUGGUUGUUCUUUCUGAACUUCGAGAAGGAUCUUCACCUUCUUCAUCAACUCAUGGCCAUAGUAUAUCAACUUGUGGUCCUAGAUCAUCAACUCAGGAUCAUAGAUAUGAUGUAUUUUUAAGUUUUAGAGGUGUUGACACUCGUCUUAGUUUUACUAAUUAUCUUUAUGAGGCCCUUAUAGAUGCCAAUAUCAAUACCUUCUUGGAUGAUGAAGAGGUUGAAACAGGGGAAGAUUUGAAACCGGAACUCGAGAGUGCAAUUAAGGCAUCUCGGGCUUCUAUUAUUGUGCUGUCCAAGAACUACGCUUCUUCAACAUGGUGUCUGGAUGAAUUGGUGCUUAUCCUUGAGCAGCGUAUGACAUCCAACCAUAUUGUCAUCCCAAUCUUUUAUCAUGUGGAGCCCACCCAUGUAAGGAAGCUACAAAGUAGUUUUAGAGAUGCAAUGUCUAAGCAUAAACAGAAAAUGGAUGAAGAGACAGAUGAAAAUAAAAGAAGUCAAUGGGCUCAAAAGAUUGACCGAUGGACUAAAGCACUUAUCAAAGUUGCUAAUUUAAAAGGAAAUGACAUAAAUGGCAGGUUUGAGACAGAGUUUAUUGAAGAAAUUGUGAAGAACAUCUACCGUAGAUUACAUUUACCUUUAGGGAGUAUUCGGCCACUACUUAUUGGGAUGGACGAUUCCAUUAACUUCAUCACCUCAUGGUUGAAAGAUGGAUCCUCACAUACGGCAGAUAUACUCACUAUUUCGGGUAUAGGCGGGAUCGGGAAGACAUCUUUAGCCAAACAUGUGUAUGGGCUAUAUUCUCGUGAGUUUCAAACAAGCAGCUUUAUUGAAGAUAUUACAAGAAAAUGUGAUGGAAAAUUUAAUGGGUUGCUUGAUUUACAAAAACAACUCUGCUAUGAAAUUUCAAAACCAAGUUCAAUUCACGUUUAUGAUGUUUCAGUGAACACCUCAAAGAUAGAGAAUGCACUAGCCCGUAAAAAGGUGUUUCUAGUUCUUGAUGAUAUCAGUACUCUUGUUCAGUUAGAUGCAUUACUUGGAAGCAAAGGUUUUCAUCCCGGAACCAAAGUUAUAAUUACAACAAAGGACAGAUGGUUGACAGAGAGCUGUGUACUAUUCAAAACAAACAUUAAACCAAAGCAUGCAAAACACUUCCUUGAAGGUUUAAAUUGGACAGAGUCAAGGAAACUUUUUUGUUUUCAUGCAUUCAUGUGCAACCAUCCCAAGGCAGGUUUUGAAGAGGUGUUGGAUAAGCUUGUGAAGUAUUGUCAAGGACUACCAUUGGCUCUUGAAGUUUUGGGCAAGUCUCUGCAUAAUCGAGAUGUGGGGUACUGGGAAGGUUGCAUGGAAGGGCUAAAGAAAGAAGUUAGUUCCCCUGUAAAUAAUGUCUUGAGGAUGAGCUUUGACUCUUUGCUAUCCAAAAACGAUAAAGAAUUGUUUAAGCAUAUUGCUUGUUUUUUUGUUGGAACAGAUAGAUAUGUUAGUGAAACAAUAUUAGAGGCAUGUGAUAUAAACACAAGAACCGGAAUUACGAAUCUCAUUGACAGAUGUCUUCUUAGUAUUGGACGGAAUAAUGAAUUGAAGAUGCAUCAGUUGGUUCAAGAGAUGGGUAGAUUCGUUGUAGGUCAAGAGUCACCUGACAAGCCAUGGAAGCGAAGUCGUGUAUGGUAUCAUAAGGAGUCAUUCAGAGUGUUAAAACAAAAAAAGGGUAAGGGAAAUCUUCUAGGCCUUGCCCUUGACAUGCGAAUGCUUGAGAAAGAGAAGUUGGGAACAUCAUUUGAGCUGAAAACAGAUGCAUUGAUCAGUCGAAAUCUGACAUCCAGAUGAUUUAUGAAUUUGGAAUAUUCAGCACAAGGUAUAAGGCGGAGGAGAUGCCAAGUUGGUUUAGGCAUAGAAGUGAGGGGCCAUCAAUAUCAUUUACCAUCCCAUCAUCAUCUCCAAACAACAUUAGAGGACUCAACUUCUGUUCUCUGCAGAGGUUGCGAGGUUUUGAUGAGAUAUAUCCCUUUGCUGGUCAUUUCCCUACGACGCCAAUGAUGACAGUUAGUAAUGUAACAAAGAACCGCACAUGGAUAUAUGAACGUCACAGGGACAGAUUUAAUGUAGGUGGAAAGUGUUGUUGGGUGAUGUUAAGUCAUUGGAUGUUUGGGAUGAAUGAGAUGGAUGCUGGUGACCACAUUAUUAUUACUGUUACAGAGCGGCGUUAUGUACUUGUAAAGGAGUGUGGGGUGAGUCUUGUGUAUGAUGAAGGAGAGAAGAAGGAUGAAGAAGAAGAUGUGUUGGGUUAUUACAAGUCAUGGAAUCACAUAAUUGGUGGAGAUCUCUCUCCUUUUCAAACAACAACCGGACAAUACAUCUUAGAAAAAGGGCGGUUUUCUUCACAUGGCAUUAUAUUGUAUCCCUAUCAUCGUAAAUUCAUUACGGAUGGCCCCGACUAUCAAGGUAGAUG